AUGGACGAGACGCUCUACUCCGUCGCGGAGAAGGUGCAGAACUUCGCCGUCAUCUACCUCGUCGACAUCACCGAGGUACCGGACUUCAACAAGAUGUACGAGCUGUACGAUCCAUGUACGGUCAUGUUCUUCUAUCGCAACAAGCACAUCAUGAUCGAUCUGGGCACUGGUAACAACAAUAAGAUUAACUGGGCUAUGGAUAACAAGCAAGAGUUGAUUGACAUCAUUGAGACAGUGUAUCGCGGUGCGUCCAAGGGUCGUGGUCUUGUCGUUUCUCCCAAAGAUUAUUCGACUCGUUACAGAUACUGA